AUGUUAAAACAGUAUGAUGACUUCCAAAUGGAACUUUUCAAUAGAGUCCUUCAAAACAAGGGCAACAAAAGUUUAAGUCAUGAUAAAUACCCCCCACAAUUACGUGCUUUUGCUAUAACUCUUCAUUUCUAUUCAGCUAAAGCCUUUGCAUAUGUUAGGAAUAAAUUUAACUUAGCACUUCCUCACCCCUCGGAGUUAUUCGAUCCUGAUACAGUACAGUCAAUGCAGAUCCAGGCUUUUCACAAGAAGCCUUCAAUAGCU